GUUCCGCCUCCGAAAUGGCCUAAGCACAUUCGCCUCCCUCUACUGGCCAAAUGCGCUGCUAUGUUUCGGGCUUGGCUCAGAGAAGGCAGCCGAAUCUGAGCCUCUUGCCGCGGGAUCCUGCGGGAAUUCGCGACGGUGAAUUUUGAGGAGAAACGAUGGCCCAUUUCCUGUGGCCGGAGCCGCUGUCCAGCGCGCAGCUCAAGCGACUGGAGGAGCACAAGUACAGCGCCUCAGGUCGCUCCCUGCUGGAGCCGCCGUGUCAGCUCUACUGGAACUGGCUCGUCCGGCAAAUUCCGACGUGGGUCGCCCCGAAUACGCUCACGAUCGUCGGGCUGCUGGUCAACAUCAUCUCCACGCUCCUGCUCGUGUUUUACUGCCCCACGGCCACCGAGGAGGCUCCGGCAUGGGCCUUCAUCCUCAGCGCUUUGGGCUUGUUUGCGUACCAGUCUCUGGACGCCAUCGAUGGCAAGCAAGCGCGCAGGACCAACAGCAGUUCGGCCCUCGGGGAGCUCUUUGACCACGGCUGCGACGCCGUCUCCACGGUGUUUGUGGCGGUGGGAACAUGCAUCUCCUGCGGAAUCGGCAGAUACCCCCACUGGAUAUUCUUCUGCGGCUUCAUCGGGAUGUUCAUGUUCUUCUGCGCCCACUGGCAGACGUACGUGUCCGGAACUCUCCGCUUCGGCCUGGUUGACGUCACGGAGGUGCAGUUUGCCAUCAUCACCAUGUACCUGAUGUCCGCCUUUGGGGGGGUGAGCCUUUGGCAAACCACGCUGCCCAUGAUCGGAUUGAAGCUGUACACCUUCCCCAUCGUGGGCAUCAUCUGCGGGGGCCUCUACUCCUGCCACAACUACUUCCACGUCAUCCUCAACGGGGGCGUCGGUAAAAACGGCUCCACCGUGGCGGACACCAGCGUGCUGAGUCCCGGGUUGCACAUCGGCCUCAUCCUCACGCUGGCCUUCAUCAUCUUCAAGAAGUCGUCCAGCCAGCUCUUUGAGCACCACCCCUGCCUCUACCUGCUCGCCUUCGGCAUGGUCAUCGCCAAGAUCUCCAACAAGCUCGUGGUGGCACACAUGACGAAAAGUGAGCUUCACCUCCCAGACACGGCGUUCGUCGGCCCGGGUCUGCUCUUCCUCAACCAGUACUUCAACAGCUUUGUUGACGAGUACGUCGUCCUCUGGAUCGCCAUGGUGCUCUCCCUGGUGGACUUAACGCGCUACUGCACGGGCGUGUGCCACCAGAUCGCCGGCCACCUGCGCAUCCGCGUCUUCAGCAUCACGCCGCCCGGCCCCGCCCACCGCGACUGACAGCUUGCCCGGCGGGAGGAGGCGGGGGGAGACGCCGAUCUCUCCCCGCUCCUGAAAGCAAACGACCAUGACGAUGAUGAUGAUGAUGAGGGGGAGGGGGAGGAGAGACCCUCCACCCCAAGCCUUGACCAAGUGACCACCUCUGCCUAAAAACAAAAAAAAAACAAAAAUCUAAACUAGCCCACCAAAGUAAACCAAUCCUCGAAUACUUAAAAGAACUCGUCUAAGAUACCAAAAAGUUUAGUUUUUUUUUUUUUUUUUAAAAUCAUUUUAUCUGUCUACUACAAAUUGUUUUUCUUUUAAUUAAUAUUUGUCCAAAUAUGAGUAAAUGCAAUCAACUAUGGUGGAUUAAAUUCAGGGUAAAAAAAAAAAUAAUAAUAAUAAUAAUUUCGAGUGAGGCGUUUUGGUCAGCAGGCUAACGUGAAGCUGCGUUUUUUUUGUUUUUUUUCCCCCAUCUCAUCACGACCCGGUUUUGCUUUCUGACUUCUUCUCCCUUAAGGGCUAAUAAUGGAUGUUGUGAUUGUCUACGAUUCAGGUGAAUUCGCCUUAAUUCAUUUUGAUGUAAUUGAGAAAAAAAAAAAGAAAAAGAUUGUGAAUACUGGAAACCAAACCAACGUUGUACAUUUUCCACAGAACUGCAGUGCAGAAGCUUCUCUGUUAUCUAGAACACGCGUGUCGGCAGACAUGUCUUGGACUUUUCUCGGGUUGAUUUCUUUCUCCUCUGGCUAGAGUGAUGUGCUUAUUGUUCGGGAUGACGGGGAUUUAUUCUUCUUCUGCGGUACCACUUCUGUCCCUUGGAUCGUUCUCUGGAAAAGUCACAUCUGACCUUCGCUUUCUACGCCAAACUAUGCAUUGAAAUGUACAACUGUGAUUUUUUUUUUUUUCACUGUUCACUAAUGUAACCGUAUGACGCAUUUUUACUAACAAAUGUUUGUGCGGUAAAGGAGGGAGCGUUUAUAAUAAAGAAUAUUUUUCAUGCA